GCUUUCCCUUCUCUUCCCUGCCCCCAGACCUUGACGCUGCCCCCAAGUUGGACAGCUUCUUCCCUGGGUUGGAACCCCCGGGCCGCCUCCUGCCCCCGGCUCCCGGCCUCCCUUAUGGGUCAGGUCAAGCUCUCCCGUCGGGACCCCCACCAACCACACGCCUGCCCCCUGGAGUACGGAUGAGCCUGGAGAAUGGGGAGCUCUGGAAACGUUUCAGCAGCCUUGGCACAGAGAUGAUCAUCACCAAGGCAGGCAGGCGGAUGUUUCCACAGAUGAAAGUUUCAGUAACAGGUCUGGAUCCUGAAGCCAAGUACCUGCUGUUAGUGGAUGUAGUCCCAGUAGGCGGCUCCCGUUACAAAUGGCACGGCAAGCGGUGGGAGGCCAGUGGCAAGGCCGAACUACCACCACCAGACCGGGUCUACAUCCACCCUGACUCACCUGCAUCAGGUGCCCACUGGAUGCGCCAACCUGUAUCCUUCCACCGGCUGAAGCUCACCAACAACACACUGGAUCCCCAUGGACAUCUCAUUGUUCACUCCAUGCACCGUUACCAGCCGCGGAUACACGUGGUUGGAGCCGGAGGGCGCCAUGGGGCAGGGAGUGGCUGCGCUUCCUUCACCUUUCCUGAGACGCAGUUUCUAACUGUCACGGCCUACCAGAACCCACAGAUCACUCAAAUGAAGAUAGAGAGCAACCCUUUUGCAAAGGGCUUCCGGGAGAACGGCAUGAACAGCAAAAGGGAGCGCGAGGCCCGAAUCAAGAGGAAAAUGAAGGCAAAUGAAUGUGAAGCCAACAUGGGGGAAAAUGAGAGCAAGAAGGGUCCCUGCGACUCCACCCUGACAGAGGAAACUCCUCUCGAGCAACAGCAACCACAUCCUUCCUGCUCCUUCUACCCCCCUGCAGGGAUCAAUCCCAGUGGGGCUGAGGCUUAUGUGCAGCAUCCAGCUGCCUUCCAUGGUUUGCGGGGGGCACCAUCACCCUACGGCAGCCCAAGCCAAGAAGUCUCAGCUCCUCCAUCUUCCCCCACUACCAAGUCACCUCCUGAGCAAUCAGAUUUCAGAGCAAUGCUCCCAACAAGUUGGAAUGGCCUGGAUAUUAUUCCUUUCCUUGGGGGAACAGAACCACCUGAUGCUGCCACCUCCUUUCCCCCUUUCAAAUUCAGUUUCACACCCUACCCACCACCACCUCGUGUCUAUGGGCCUUCCUCUGGCUAUCCUGGCUCUCAGCCACCUAUGCUCUAAACUCCUGCUCCUCCCACAAAACCUGGAAUUCCUGUCUUCCAGGUAUUCUCUUUUGCUCACUAGAUUUCAUGACGUUUUCCUGUUUAUUAUUGCCCAUGCAGGGAAGGGUAAACUUGUUUGUUUCCCGCUUAUCUUAUAAUUAAUUUUUUUAAAAGGUCAUAACAUACUGUACAUCUGUUUUCUUCUGUGACAUAAGUAAGCAAGCUAGAAUUCUGAAGUUCCAGCCUACACACAUCCUAAAUAUUAGCAGUGCAAUCCUGUACUCGUGUAUUCAGAAGUCCCCUGGAGUUCAAUGGGGUUUAAACCUAGGUAAGUGGUUAUAGGAUCAUCAGUAUGGCUUACAGCACAAUCCUAUGUAUGUUUGUUCACUCAAGAGUAAACCCCACUGUGUUCCAUGGGGCUUACUCUCUACUACAGGUUUGGGGAACUUGUGGCCCAUUUAUUUUACUUUAUUCCUUUAUUUGUUUAUUAAAAAUAUAUAUAUACUGCAAUUUCAUUUUGAAAAAUUUUCGAAGUGGUUUACUAAUCAUGUGCACAAUAAAAGACACAUAAAAAUUACAAUCACAAAUUGCAGCUAUUACAGAAACUAUUUUUUCCCAUUGUCUGCGUAAGCCUGGCUUCAUAGAAAUGUUUGCAGCAAACAUUGAAAGCUUAUCAUAGAAGACGCCUGCUGAAUCUUUGUCAGAAGAACAUUCCACAGGAUUUGUCUGAUGGUGACACUGACGGCUGUUUUGGCCAAAAGACUUUCCUCUUCUCCCAGGCAUUUUAGCAUGUGUUUUUAAAUUGUUUUAAAUUGUUUUUAAAAUAUAUGUUUUAAAUUUGUAUGUUUGUUUUUGAUGUUUUUAGUUGCUGUAAACCGCCCAG